CCCCUGACAUUCACGAACCUGCCUUGCUCAUUCAUUCUUCCUAAAACCAGACAGGAGAAGAAGACAGGUUUUAAAAGAAAAUUAUGGAUAUAUUUUACAGUCCAAUGCACACUUUUCUUCUCAUCUUCUCCAUACUCUUCUAUCUACUGAUGAGGAAGCAGAGCAAUAACAACAGGAGUCUGCAAGGGAAGCUUCCCCUGCCACCAGGCUCCAUGGGCUGGCCCUACAUCGGCGAGACCUUCCAGCUCUUUUCUCAGGACCCCAACAUCUUCUUCCCCUCCAGGCAGGAAAGGUAUGGUGAGAUCUUCAAGACGCAUUUGCUGGGUUGCCCGUGCGUUAUGCUGGCGAGUGCAGAGGCGGCGAGGUUUGUGCUUGUGAGCAAAGCUCAGCUUUUUAAGCCGAAGUACCCGCGCAGCAAGGAGAGGUUGAUUGGGCCAUGGGCGCUCUUUUUUCACCAGGGAGGCUACCACGCGAUUGUCAGGAAGCUCGUGCAGAGUUCCCUCUCGCCGGAAUCCAUCCGUCGCCUCGUGCCGGAUAUCGAUGCCGUCGCCUCCGCCACGCUCCGCUCCUGGGAUGGUCAUAUGCUCAGUACCUUCCAUGCUAUGAAGGAGAUGUCAUUUGAUGUUGGCAUCCUCAUAAUCUUCGGCGAGCAUUUGAGCAAGCAGAGGAAGAAUGAGAUAAAAAGAAACUACUUCAUUGUUGACAAGGGUUAUAAUUCUUUCGCCACUAGCAUUCCCGGGACUGCUUACAGCAACGCCAUUAAGGCGAGGAAAAGACUUGGAGAGAUACUGAGCGAGAUAAUGGAGGAGAGAAGAGAGCAUAAGACAAUGGAGAAAGAUCUACUGUCGUGCUUUUUGGAGUGGAAGAACGACAAGGGUGAGCGGCUAAGCGACAAUCAGAUCUCUGAUAACAUUUUUGGUGUUCUAUAUGCAGCACAGGACACUACUGCAAGUGUUAUUACGUGGAUGGUCAAGUACCUCCACGACGAUCCAAAGCUUCUUGAGGCAGUAAAGGCCGAACAGAUGAGUAUUUAUAAGCGGAAUGGAUGUGGAAGCCAGCAAUUGCAAUGGGCCCAUACGAGGAAGAUGCCUUUCACUCAAAGAGUCAUAUCCGAGAGCUUGAGAAUGGCGAGCAUCAUCUCCUUCACUUACAGGGAAGCUGUGGCUGAUGUGGAGUAUAAAGGAUAUCUAAUUCCCAAGGGAUGGAAAGUGAUGCCUCUGUUCAGGAAUAUUCAUCACAGCUCUGAGUAUUUUCCAGAUCCACACAAGUUCGAUCCUUCAAGAUUUAAGGUAAGGCGUCUCCCAAGCCAAAUACCUUCUUGCCUUUCGGAAAUGGCGUCCAUUCAUGCCCAGGGAACGAGCUCGCCAAAAUCGAGAUGUUGGUCUUCAUCCACCACUUGGUCACCAAAUAUAGGUUUGAGGUGGUGGGAUCUCACAGUGAGGUGGAAUACAGUCCAUUCCCCAUUCCUAAGCACGGCCUCCAGGUGCGCAUUUGGAGCACCGAGCAGGCCGAUGGCAUUGCCGAAUAGUGACUUCAAGGUGUUUGACGAAAUGCCGACGAGCAGCCGUGCAGCAAAAUCUUGCACGCACGCACGUUCGCACGCCUAAUUUUUGUUAUUUUUUUCUUAGUCUUAUGUGUAAGAAUUCCUUCGCUUCAAUGCUUGUAAAAUUGGAGGAGAAGGUGGCAAUAGAGUGUCCACUUUUCUUUCUUGUAGCCCUCUUGAAUAUAAUGGAAGAAUUAUUUGGAUCUAACUAAUGCAAUAUGAUUCUGUACCGCCUCUCUGAUUAGAAGUAUU